AGGCUGUGUGUGGGAGGGACUACCGGAGAGCUCUCCUCAGUGCAGCAGCGAGCAGCGACACACAAGAUAUUCACAGCAUAUUCACUGAUAAGGCUGUUUCCCCCAUUAUCUGUCCCCGUUAUGUGCCCUCAGCCGCUGAAGUGUCUAUGAAGAGGAGACGGCGGAAGCGAUGCUGAAGUAGCGCGGGAUGCUGUGGAGUGAACACAUCGUGGGAGGAAGGCUCAGAGAGAACCAGCGGGAGGUGAAACACGAAUGGCUUCUCCGGAGCUGCUUCCCGGAGGAGAUGAGAGAGGCCAACAGCCCGGUCCUCCCACCGUCCUUGAGCGGGUUUCCAGCGCGCUGCAUGGCCGCAGGUCUGGCGGAUCAACAGGAGGAGCGUUGCCCCCGGCGGAGGGCAUCUGUAACCCGCCCCGAGGCUCCCAUGGCCGGGCUCAUUCAGCACCGAGGACGGCGCCGCGCCAUGGAGGCGCAGAGGUUACACUCGGUCACCUCGGAGAGGAGAAAGUGCGGGUUUGUUGCGACGAGGAAUUAGAGACAUCUUUCACCUACAUCGAUGAGAAUGUGAACCUGCGCCUGGCCAGCCCGGAGACAAGUUGUAAAAGUACUCACAGACCUGUGCGUAACGGCGAGGCUUGCUCCGAGACUUUACCGGAGUUCUCCUUCAUGUCCGAGGACGACCUGUCCUUCAUGGAGGGCCCCGGGACCUCUAUAGACUACGGCUUCAUCAGUGCGGUCUCCUUCCUGGUGACCGGGAUCUCCUUGGUGAUCAUCUCGUACGCCGUGCCUCGGGACGUGGUCGUGGACCGUGACAGCGUGUCUGCCAGGGAGAUGGAGCGGCUGGCGACGGAGAGCGCCCGGAUAGGAGCCCACCUGGACCGGUGCGUCAUAGCGGGACUGUGCCUGCUCACGCUGGGCGGCGUGGUGCUCUCCACGCUGCUGAUGGUCUCCAUGUGGAAGGGGGAGAUGUACAGGAGGAAGGUCAUCGCUUACUCCAAGCGUUCAGCCAAACUGUACGGUUCCAUCAGCCUGAAGACCAGAUCCAGUCCCAGCCACUCUUCUGCGCACUUGUCCCUGGAGGAAGAAAUAGAGGAAACGUUGGCUUAAAAUGCUGCUCUAUGUAUGAACCUUUUGUGUAUAACAGGAAUUAAUGCCAUUCACACAACACUUUCUCUCUAACACAUUGUAGCCUAAAACUGUAUUCAUGCAUUCAAAGUGUAAGUCUGCAACAUUGUUUGUCUUAUAGUGUAGAAAUAGCUUGAAUGCUGUAUUGUAUAUCCACGUGGCUGGCAGAAAGGACAAGAAAAGCACUCAAAUGCAAAAUGAGGAAUUGCCAGAAAAACAAUUGUUCCCAAAUGAUUUAAAAUGGCACCAAAGUGACUUGGGAGAAUGUUAAGAGCUUUGUGUCACAAUCACUGGAACACAUUUUUUUUUGCUGUACCCAGGAUGCAAUCUCUGAGAGCUUCCAUUUAUUAUUAAGGCUAUUCAUAUUUAAUGCGAAUGUCUCCAACAGACACAUUUCAGGAAGUAAGGGAAGUGUGUGUGUGUCCGCAGGGCAGGAGAGUAGGGGAGUAAGGAGAGGGGUGUAAAGCUGUCCCUGUCCACCGUGAUGUGGGACUAUCAGCUCAGUGGUCCACGCAGUAAUAUCCAGUGACAGUCACUCAUGGUGCAGUGCUGAGGUAAGCCAGUAAGCCCGGCUUGGUGCAUCCGAGCCAAAGCUCCACGUCGGUUUGAUUGUAAGUGAGCAAUUUGACUGCAUUCGACAGCGCUGACACACACUGUUCACCCUCCUCUGCACUGGCUUGAUCUUCUUCUCCUCCUUCCAUUCCUUCACCUUCUCUCUCCCACAGGAGACUUUCCUCUCUCCUGCAGUUUUUCAGCCUCAGCCUAUGAACACUGUAUAUAUAUAUAUAUUAUAUAAUAUAAAGGGUCCUGGACGACCACAGCCAAGUGCCUGUGACAUUUCAAGGUUGACGAGCCUUUCCUUACACCUGCCUCCUCUCAUUCUCUUUUUCUCUCCGCGUGAGGAUGGACUUAAGAACGCCUAAUCACACAUGAAAGAGUUGCCCUACUUCCCAAAACCUUAAGCCUUCACUACUUCAAAAGAGCUAAUUACGUUUCCAAAGUGAGGUAUCGUUCUUUUUAAAAGGUUACAUCUGAUGUUAUCAUGGUGAUUUGCUGGCUAUAAUAUUGCUGAGGAAAAGAGGUUCAUCAUGUGAAGACUUACUAAAGAUGUUAACGCCCCAGUGUCCAGGCGAAGGUCAGAAAGUAACUUCCUUUUCUUGGUGGAGGAAGAUUUGAGUUUCUGUCUUUGCUAAAGCAACCGUCUUACUCCCUGGCUGUCUGAAGAGGCCUGCAGAAAAGAAUAAAGAAAGCAAUUCUCUUGAAAAACGUUUUUUUUUGUGUGUGUGUAUGCUACCCUGUUAGGCUCAUAAAUCAUGCAUGAAGCACUAGAAUUCAUUCAUAUUUGCAUAUAUUCACAGCCAAAUGUUGCAUUCCUCAAGACAAGUGCUAAUGAUUCUCAUGCAGCGUCACUGUUACCUUACUUCCUCUUCAUUUCAUUUCUCGGGCUUUCUGUGUGACCCUAUUUCAAGGCUUACAUUCAUAACGACAUGAGUCAGCCUCUAUUAAUGAGAUGCGUAGGCUGAUUUCUCUAUGGUAAGCAGCUCGAGGACACACCGUUGUUGUGCUUUCAUUCAGUUGCAUUGCUUCUGCGUGUGCUGUCACAGCAUAUACAUGCAAAUGCCAGUCAGGUCCACAGACAGACAGAUGCACCAGUGUGUUUCUAGUGAACUGGAUCACUGGAGUCUAAUGAGGUAUUCAGCCAGAAUUAUCAAUCAAAAAUAUUUUUUUUGCAGCAGCAGUGAACUAAUGCAAGUUUGUGUCACUGCAGCUCUCCAUCUUCUGUGUCUGUGACCACAGAGCUGACAAGUGCGUGUGCAUCCCUGAAACACAGCCAUUACGUCCUGAAGUGGCAAUAAAAUGCCAAAUGAACAGAUUUCGCGGAAAGGUAAUAAAAAUUAAUGAUCCA